AUGCCCUGCCGCCAGGGAGUGACACGAGCAGUGUUGAGUCUCAUUCUCCUACUCCAACCUGUACUAGCAGCAGGAUCGACUACACUAGUAGUAUCGGCAUCCAGUUCAUCAGUAUCAGCCCAUACGGCCAACCCAUCGAGGUUGUCCUCGGCCCCGUCAAAAUGCAAUGGCCACUCGGAAUUUUGCACGCGAUCAUACUCGAAUAUUACAUUCGUAGGCUCUCACGACGCCCCCUUUGUGGGGCCAUUGCCCCAGCAAAAUCAGAAUAUUGACAUCAAAGCCCAACUGGACAUGGGAAUCCGCUAUCUGCAAGCGCAGACACAUCACUCUCCCCUUGACAAGAAGACCCUGCAGCUCUGUCAUACAUCAUGCUUCCUUGAGGAUGCAGGCACUUUGAAGAACUUCCUAGUAACCAUCAAGAAGUGGCUGGAUGCAAAUCCAAACGAGGUGGUGACGCUUCUCUUGACGAAUGGGGACUCCAUCUCCAUCUCUGAAUUUGGAGAGACACUCUCCAGCAGUGGGAUCACCAAAUAUGCCUACGUCCCUAUUACAAACCCAUUAUCAAUCUCGGACUGGCCAACCCUGGGUGAAUUCAUAUCCAGUGGAAAGCGCCUAGUUGUCUUCCUAGAUUAUGGCGCCAAUACUAAACAAGUUAGCUUCAUUCAAGAUGAAUUCGCUUACUACUUUGAAACUGCCUACGAUGUCACCGAUCCCUCGUUCUCGAGUUGCAGCAUCGAUCGACCCCCCAAAGCUUCGGCGACGGGUCGCAUGGGCAUUGUGAAUCAUUUCCUGGAUAUCGAUAUCUUCGGCGUGAAGGUUCCUGCCCGAGACAAGGCUGGAACCACAAAUGCUGCGUCGGGAAAGGGCAGUAUCGGUGCUCAGGCAAGUUUGUGUGAAGGGUUGUAUGGGCGUGCGCCAAAUGUGAUUUUGGCCGAUUUUGUGGACAAGGGGCAGGUUAUAAAAGCCCAGAAUGCCUUGAAUGGGUUGUAG